GAGUUUAUUUUCAUGCAUCUAAUCUGUCAACACGAUCAUCAAACAACAAUUAAAACAGACCAUCAUAAUGAUCAUGAUGAUGAUACUACUGAUGAACAAACAGAAAAUACUCUCAUCUUACAAUAUCAAUUUAAAGUUAAUGCAUUUUGUGCAGCCACCAUAUUUAUGGCGGGUAAUGGUAUAUAUUUGGUGGCUAAAAAUCAAUCAAUUCAACAAACAUUAUUUUCAAUGUUAAAUGAAUGGAAUGAAAAUUCAUUACAAAUUUCAUUUAUAAUCAAGAGUAUCGAAAAACUAUAUGUUGGUUAUCAUAUUAAUCAACUUUGUCAACGAUUAACAAAUAAAUUGGAAAAAAUUUUCAAACUUGAUGCAAAUGUUCAACAUAAAGAAACAUUUUCAUUUUGUUUCAUUCUAUAUCGUGAUAAAUUGGUUUAUAAAUAUGAAAGCAGUACUAGAGUUCGAUUAAAACCAAAUGAUUUAUGUAUGAUAAUUUUGCUUGCAAAAACCAGCUCAUCUUGUGAUAAACAAAACGAUACGAUUCAAACUUAUUCAAUUGAAUCACAACGUCUAGUAUUUCUUCAAUCAUCAUCAUCUUUUAUACCUGUUCCACAUGUGUACAGAAAAAUUCUAAUCAGUGAAGAUCUAUAUGUAAUUUGUUUGAGCGAAAUUUCUUCAUUGUUAAUUAUUUCAUUACCAUCGUUGAUCAAUUCGGUAACAGGUUAUCGAACUACUGUUAUUGAUUGGCGACAAAAUGCAAAACGUUCAAUCGAUUAUCUAAUCAAAUGUAUACGUAGUAUGGAUCGAUAUUUGUGUCGAAAUUUUGAUGAAACAUUUCCACGACGACAACAUCUUUUUAAUAUGGAUUCAUUAGAGAAUCUGAAUCGUUUAGCUAAACAAGCACAUAGCCAUAGAUCUAGUCAAACCGAUCAGUUAAUCAAAGAACAAACAGAUCGGAUAUUUUCGGUGUUGUUAGACAAUCUUCAUCAAACAUAUGAAAAAGUAUUCAAAACAUUAUAUGGACAAAUCGAUGAUUCCAAUCAAUUGGUUAUUGAUCGUAAACAUCAACUGAGUCAAACUAUUUCCAAUCAAAUUGGCCGAAUGAAUAAUUUUAAAAGCUGUUUGGAUUUUAUUCGAUUAAAAUAUUCAAGUAAUGUAACCUUAUUGAAUAAUUUACAAGGUUUACAGGUAUACAGCAAUUUAUUGGCAUUCAUAUUGGUCGAUCGUAUUGAUAAUCAUUUUAUUCAAGAUCAUCGUAACAUUAUUGAGGCUGAUAUUCAUAUUCUUUAUAGUCAACUAUUACAAGAUGCCUAUAUUCGAGCAAUACAACAGAAUCAGAAUCUAGUUUUUUGGCGACAUUAUCAAUUCUUUUUUGUUUAUGCAUGUUGGUCUGAUUCAAUACACUUUUAUCAGAAAUCACCAGAAACAUUUAAUGCUAUAAAUAUGGUAUCAAAAGUUUACCAAAGUAAACCUGAUCGAAAAUAUAGUCAAAUAUCAUCAAAUGGAUCAAUUUUUAGUCUUGAAGAAACUAGUAGCAGUUCAAAUAGAAAACUUUCCGAACAAUUACCAAACAAAUCGAUUGAUGAAUGGUUACAAAAUCGUCAUAUAAAAAAAGAAUUUUUUGCCAUUUUAGAUUGUAAUUGUAAUCUUAAUGAUAAUUCUACAUCAAAUGAUUGGUUAAAAUAUUUAACAAACAUUAUCAUCAAGAUUGAAGAUCAUAUUCAUCAAUGAUAAUAUGAAAUCAUUUAAUGUAAAUAUCAAUAGGAAGCAAAAAUCGACAGAUAAACAAGCAAAAAGAAAAAAAAAU